CCACACAGAAGAACAAAUUUGGGCUUGUCCUACUCGACUGCCUUGCUGAUUCAUAUUUCCUAUAUUAGACAUAUUAACAGUAUCGCUAUUAUAGCUCCAACCUUCUUAUUUGUGACUGUUUAAGUGUGGAUCUGGUUUGUUGACAUGUGCUUGAGCCUGCUGGAGAAAGUUGGACUGAUGACUCAGAAUUGAUGCCGAAUUGGCUUGCCUUUUCUUUUAUGUAAGCGCUCAUGCUUGGUAAACUUUUUACGACCCUGCUGUCACUAAACGUGGCACAAUCGGAUCCGACCGGUCUAUCUGGUUUGAGCGUCGUUUUCACCGCCAAGUAAACAGAACAAAACACAACUGGAGACGCGUUUUCCUCCUUCUAACGAAAUUUCCAAGACAAACUAAUUAUGGCGGAGUCUGAACUUGAACGGACCGUUGUUGUGUUCAGGGCCUGACUUGCUUGGUGUAAAGUUACUGAACAGCCAAAGCGAGUGUCCUUGAACGCAACAUUGGAAGUUGCGCUGAUUUCAGAUUGAGAAGACAGGGGAAAAAAGUUAGUUUUAGAUAGAAAAUCAGAAAUGUGGGCUUCAUAUUUUGAUCCAAUCCUUUUAUACAUUUUUUUCUAUUCUAUCAGACUUACAUCUUGGAAGUUCACAUUUAUGGAGCGGAGUCAUUGAGCGCAUAUGUAAUAGCAUUUAUAAGGAGCGCAAUAACACUGUAAUUAUAGUAAACGAGAUCAAGGCAAGGAGGUUACAGUUCUUAUUCUCUUAACAAUUCUGCCGCCUCCUGGUGAGAGAUUGCUUACUGUCAACUCACUAGCUUCCUUUUUGCCACAAGUUGCACUCAGAGGAAGAAAUUCAUCACAACAUAUCCAAGCAAUCGACUGUGCAAUGUGCAACCUAAUAGCUUUUUCAGCGCACGGCGAUGACUGCAAAUGGGUGUGUUCAAUUUACGCGCCAUGCAGGUGACGUCCUACUCAACUUCAACCGCCUCCGUAGCAGGAAUAUCCUGACCGAUGUCACCAUUCAAGUGGACGGACAGCGUUUUUACGCUCACAAGGCUAUCUUGGUGGCCUGCAGUGGCUUCUUUUAUUCGGUCUUCAUGAACCCUGAGAACACAAACCUCAGCGUUAUUAGCUUGGACCCCAAAAUCGAUUCCAAGAGUUUCUUGAACCUCCUGGACUUCAUGUACACAUCUUGUCUGAAUUUGACGGACAACAUGCUGGCGGGCACCAUGAACACAGCCUUGUACCUCAAGAUGGAACACGUGGCUGACACCUGUCACAGGUUCAUCAAGUCCAGGCCAUCUUUAAAUGUACACGCUGAAGAGGUGCAGACCGAGCAACUCUCCACGCUAAGGCCCAUUCAUGUGACAGACCUAGAUGUCAAAAACAGAUACAUGGCUACGUCGCCCCCUCUUCAGGAGUGCAGGGGUUACAGUGUUUUUCGAGGUAUCAACACCUCGGGCUCCUAUCACGUGUACGGCGAUCGCCACAUCUCCGCUAGCAAGCCCGAAGAUUGCCAACCGAUGGUCACCCCUCCCAGAUCGUCCUCCUUGCCCCAGAAACAAUUUUUGCAAGUUCCUAGCACCAACGUGCCUCACAAGGAAUCAUCGGCCAUUAUUGGUUUCCACCCCACUAUUGUUCGACCCGCCACCCACAUGGAGGAAGACGGUGUUCAGCACCCUCUUGCUAACUGCCAUAGAGCGUCUCUAGGUUUUGGCAAAGGCGUGAUUUGCAGCCCCCAGAGCCCCCUCAGAUCCGACUGUCAGCCCAACUCGCCCACCGAGUCGAGCAGCAGCAGAAACGCCACCCUGAGCCUCAAACAGCCCCCAGAUUGCCCCAAAGAAGUCAAAGUCCGGAAUUGGAAGAAGUACAAAUUCAUUGUGAUGAACCAAAUCUCUGCGAACAAGGAAACGGAUGCCCCGAGAGGCAGCCUUGAAAGCGAAUCCCCUUCGCUUAGUCCGUGCAGGAGUGGCGGAGACCAGAGGGAAUCCCAAACGGAAGAAGCAACCAGUGAACACAGAGAAGAAAACACCAUAACUGUUGAUAGCCACCGCAAAUGCUCCUCCUGCGGUUGCGAUAGCCCUCAACAGGUGGAGGCCACUCAUCUCUUUCCCGACUCUUACUGCAGAGACUCAAAGUUCUCGCUCUCCAGCUGUGAGAGCUUCCCGGAAGACGAUUGCCCAAAAGACCACACGGCCCAAGUCCACAGAAAGAAGCCAUACAAGUGUGACUGUUGUCAGGCUGCUUUCCGCUACAAAGGCAACCUGGCCAGCCACAAAACUGUUCACACGGGUGCAAAGCCAUACUGCUGCAACAUCUGCGGUGCUCAGUUCAACCGGCCAGCUAAUCUGAAGACCCACACCCGCAUCCAUUCUGGGGAGAAGCCAUAUAAAUGCGACACGUGUGGUUCCAGAUUUGUCCAGGUUGCCCACCUUCGCGCUCACGUGCUAAUUCACACAGGAGAAAAGCCAUACCCUUGUGAAAUCUGCGGAACUCACUUUCGCCACCUACAGACGCUCAAGAGUCAUAUGCGCAUUCAUACUGGAGAAAAGCCUUACCACUGUGAAAAGUGUGACCUCCACUUCAGACACAAGAGUCAGCUGAGACUUCAUCUCCGACAGAAACACGGCGCCGUCACUAACACCAAGGCGCAGUACCGCCCCACUGGGACUUGCUGAUUGCGACACCCACCCACUUAUUUUAUUCAUCGGCCAAUGUAUUGUAAAAAAAAAAUGUACAAUAAUGAUGAUUUUUGCAAAUCCAAAGAACCAUUAUUUGUCAAUGUUUGACUAUUUUAAGUAUUUCAGAGUUUAUUCUUGAACACCUCAAACUGGUGAAUGUACAUUUGGAUUGUGAAUUUGAACACAAUGGUUUUUUUUUUCCCGUUAACAUUUUUCUUCCAAAAUAACUUACAGUUUGCUCCAGUAUUGGUACAUUUUUGGUUUGCCCACCAACGUUAUCAUUUUUGUUGUAAAUAAGAUUGCCAUCUGCUGGCAGAGCAUGGAUAUGUUGACUCUUGGUUUUUGUGCCCACAGUGAGCUGUUUGUUCCUGUAACUUUGAUUUUGUGUACAGAUUGACAUCCAUUUGUAUUUUGCUUCAUUUGUACAGUAUAAUCUUUUCAUAAGCCAUCAUUGGUAUUUUGCACACAUAUUCAGAAAGUCUUCAUACCAUUCAGAUUUUUUUUUCUGUGACUAACAUGUUGAAAAGUUCUCUAAAGCAUGUGCCCCGUUGAUGAAAAAAAAAAAGGAUUAUUUAUAUUCAAAAUUACUUUGCCAUAUUGUCCCAAUUUAGGUGCUACAAUAUUUUCUGAACAGACAGGACAUUUUGGACCGUACUGUGUGUGUUACCACUGCCUUAAUAUUCGAACAUUUUAUUGGCUACUGUGCCGACCGACCCUUAAUGUAAAUGCUAUGUACAGUUGUGCUUUUUGUUAGUUGUUCACUGUAUGGCGCUCUUAAAAUGCAGACAAGCUAACACAUGCUCAGGAAUGUUGCUUAUAUUUAAUCACAUCUUUGUAACUCCAGAAUACGUAAUAUAUAUUUAUAUUUAUGAAAUAGGAAUAAAUAUGCAUACCGCAA